AUGAGGAGAGGACUCACCCUGUUUGCCAGCGCCGGCGUGCGCACUGUCCCCACCUCUUCCUCCCGCCUUUUCCUCACUACCAGCCGGCUGGCUUCGUCCGAUGCUGCUCCGUCUCCCGUUCCCAGGAAGAAUGUGAAGGCCUCGACUGGAAUUGCUGGUCUUGAUGUGGUGCCUAAUGCGCGCGAGGUGCUGAUUGGCCUCUACAACAAGUACCUGGCCGAGCUGCAGGUCAUUGAGCCCACCAGCCCCUACCGCAAAUUGGUCGAGAACAUGACCAGGGAGCGACUCAGGAUUGUGGAGGAGAAUGAAGACAUCGCGAAGAUUGAGGAGCUCAUUGAUAACGGCCAAGUGGAAGAGCUCAUCCAGGAGGCGAUGGAAGAUAUCAAGGAAGUGCCCUGGUGGGCCGAGCACAAGCCCUGGGAGGAUUCCCCGCACAAGCGCAUCCCUGUCUUCGAGAGGGAGUUCUAA